AUGUCAGGCCGGGGAAAGCAGGGAGGCAAAGCCAGGGCUAAGGCGAAGUUUCCUUCUUCACAGCCUGGGCUACAGCUCCCAGUGGGUCGAGUGCACCUCUUGCUUCGCAAAGGUAAUUAUGCUGAGCGGGUGGGGGCUGGAGCUCCGGUCUAUAUGGCCAUGGUGUUGGAGUAUCUGACUGCUGAGAUUCUGGAACUGGCUGGCAACACUGCUCGGGACAACAAGAAAACCAGGAUCAUCCCCCGUCACCUGCAGCUUGCCAUCCGUAACAACGAGGAGCUCAAUAAGCUCCUGGUGAAAGUGAUGAUCACUCAAGAUGGUGUCCUACCUAACAUCCAGGCCAUGCUGCUACCCAAGAAAACUGAGAGCCACAAGGACAAGGACAAGAGCAAGUAA